CCGUGUGCCCGCCGCCUUUUCUGAAGCCACUUUUGCUUCCUUCCUCUUUUAAGCUGCCUGCAGCUGAGCUCUCCAUGCAACAACCUGCUUCAUCACAUCUAUUAGGACCUGUUGGGCGCUGCCAUUUGUUGACCUCAAACCUGCUUUUCUCAGUCCUUGUAAAUACAAAACGGCUCAAUACAACUUGACUGCAUGGAAAGAUAGGUGCGGGUCAGACGGUGGUCCGAUGUCAUAGUGAAGGAACUCAGGAGCAUCUGAAAAGGAUCAGAAAGCACCGGAAUCCAUAAUACAUUUUUCUAUAUAUAAAAACACUGGUUGUAUUUCUCCUCAGCACAGAAUCGGGAUUGUGUAAUAUGGAUGGAGCGAUGUAUGGACUGCAACUUCCAUUUCCCAUCAUCCUCAUCUCUCUGAUCGGACAGCUAGGAUCUGCAGCAAGACCGGUGGUGACCUUCAAUCCAGACUGGAAUAAGAUCCACAUAGGACAAUAUACAACAAUGACCUGUAAUAUGGAGCCUCCUGCAUCUCUCUAUUACUGGUACCGUAAUAACAAUGAGCUAUUUACAAAGCAGAAGGUUUUGGCUUUUUAUGCUGGGCCAGAACACAGCGGGAAUUAUAAGUGCCGGACCAGCACUGGCGGUACAAGUGAGAUCGUCACACUGAGCGUUAUCAAUGGUCCGGUCAUCCUCCAGGCUCCUCUCUAUAUAUAUGAAGGUGACAACAUAUCUCUCCAAUGUUACAGUCCAUCUAGAUCACUGGCAACACAGACAAUAUUCUACAGGAACAAUCGGACAAUCCAGAAAUCCACCACCAAUGAUACUUUACAAUUAAAAUCUACCGACCUGAAAGACACCUACAAAUGUGCCAAACAAUUCCUCCUCACUGCUAUCUCUCGUACUUACAGUGCUGAAACCACUAUUUCCUAUACAGAAAAUUCCAGGACUGUUCCAGUGACUUUCACACCAGACUGGAGCAAGUUACUUACAGGAGACGAUAUAACAAUGACCUGCCAUGGAGGAAACAACGUGACUUAUCAGUGGUUGCAGAAUGGUACGUUAGUGGCAGAAGGACAGAUCUACACAAUCACAUCUGCCCAGGUUGGGCACAGCGGGAUCUACCAGUGCCGGACAAGUCAUGGUGAUAGUUUACCAUUCAGCCUGGAAGUCAGCGAUGGUCCUCUUAUCCUGCAGGCUCCAAUCUUUGUGUAUUGGGGAAGAGACAUAAAUAUAAAGUGUCACAGCCGUCCGGAAUAUUCUGCACGCGGGAUAACACUCUACAAGAAUAAUGAUUUCAUAUAUGGACAUCUCCAUGAUUUCUCUAUCUCCUUUCAUAAUGGAAACAUUGACUAUUCUGGAAGAUACCGAUGUGAACAAGAAUUAUCCCGGGAUGAAUAUAUAACGCACACAGAUGAAGUGUCCCUACAUGUCAGAGACCUGUUCUCAAAGCCAAAUAUUACCACCAUGCUGUAUCCGAAGACAGAAGGUGACAACAUGACCCUGAUAUGUGACACAAGUCUCAGUCCAAUCAGACAGGGGACAGAACUGCAGUUUGCUUUCUACAGAGAUGGACGAGAGGUACAGAAAUUUAGUUCAUCUCGUCAAUAUGAAGUCAAGUCUGCUCAGCCUAAGGAUUCUGGGAAUUAUUCCUGUGAAGUGAGAACUCCGACCAACAGUGUCAUCAAAAGAAGUGAAGAGUUCUAUAUCCAGAUACAAGGGAGCAGUUUUGAUAAUGCUACAUUGAUCCGAGACACUGGUUUGAUCAUUCUCGCCAUCCUCCUCAUCACCAUCAUAGUGAUCAUUGUUGUUAUUAAGUACAGACGCAAACCAUCACCAACGUCUACAAGGGCAACAAUGGACCCUCCAGAUGCAGAAUCAUCCAAAGGACUCUCUCAGGAAGGGGAUGCGUAUUACGCUAAAGUUAAUUUUAAAAAUAAAGAACCUGCCACCAACUCCAAUGCUGAUGAAGACUUAUGCUAUGCCAACCUUAAAACUGGCCAAAAAGCUCCUUCACCUAGAGCCACUGAAAAUCAGGUUGUCUACUCUGAGAUUAAAGCCAGAACAAAAACAUGAAGAUGAUCAAGUCCAGGCUUUGAUGUCUCUUGCUGGAUGGAUUCAGAAAGUCUGAAUUGAUUUUUAACUCGGCUUUGGUUUUGGGACCUACAAAUACGGAGACCAAAGCUUGAUAAAUUUUAACAUGACCCGUCCAUCAAACUGCAUAAGCCAAGGCAACAUGUUUUAAUUGCCAAUGCCAUUACUUGCCUUUUAAUCACUUUUUUUUGAGCCUGGGGAGGUGCCUGUAUUCUGGCCAAUGCUACAUAAAGGGCCCCAAUGUCUGAAAAAUGUAAUUAAACAUCCCCUCCC